AUGAUUUUUAUCAACCAUCUAAUUUUAAUAAUUUCGUUACCCUUCGUUAUAAUACGAGGCACAAAUGCUGCUGAUUCACCAGAAGCUCGAUGGGGUCAUGCAGCCGUGCUUUUAGAUAACAUAUUAUAUAUUUCUGGAGGAAAAUUGGGAGAGGAUAAAAAUAAUUUUAACGAUACUAAACAGAAUUCAAACCAACUAAUUACUCUUGAUAUGACAAAAUCUUUCUCGGUUUCGGAUCCUACGUGGACAAUACUUUCGGUAGGCCCAAGUGUUGCAGAACAUACGCUUAGCAUAGGAGGACCACAAAAUGAGUUACUUGUGUUAUGUGGUGGGAAUUACCCUGACCCUGUGCCAGAAAACCCAAUAUUUUAUUAUAAUACCUUAGAGCAAUCCCCUAAUUGGGUUAAUGUUAAUAUAACUUUACCGAUAAAAUUGAGAGAGCACACGGCUGUUACAAGAUUAAGUGAUUCCAUGAAUUAUUUUUAUGGUGGCAUUGAUACGGAUGAUCCUAAUGUUUCAGUAAGAGUUCAAUUACAGGAUUUACUUCAACUUGAUACAAGACAAAACAUCUUGGAUGAUUUAAAGGUAGAUCCAAAAACACCACCGGGAAGGUUUCAUCAUACCGCAACAAUUUUGCCGGAUGGAAAAAUGUACGUAAUUGGAGGGUAUUCCGGAGAUAAUACAGGCACGUUAGUAGACAUGAGUCAAAUUUUCGUUUUCGAUACAUUAAAUUCAAUGUGGAACAUUCAGGUUGCAAUUGGUACCUUACCUUUGGCGCGUAGAGAUCAUGUUGCAGUAGGAACACAAGAUGGUAAGGUGAUCAUACACGGUGGCGCAAACGCAAAUUAUGAUGUGUUAUAUAAUGAUACUGCGAUUUUGGAUACGACAAAACUACAAUUUACUUGGAGCUUAAUUAAUACAAGUGGGAAAAUCCCACCAUCAAGAUACUCCCAUACGGCUACAUUGGUUGGAACUAAUAUGUUGAUUGCUUUUGGUGUAAUAAAUUCUAAGGAAAAUGGAGAUUUUGUAGAUGAUAAUAUAUAUGUCCUUGAUACAAACACAUACGAAUGGAAAGAAAAUUAUACUCCAAAAAAUUUGGAUUUUACAAUGACGUCAAAGUCCACUGGUAUGAUCAUCGAACCUCAUAAAGCAGUUUCACACGCACCUAUGAAGAUUGGGAUUAUAGUUGGUUUGGUAAUAGGAAUAAUAAUUUUCCUUUUGCUGACAGUUGGUAGUUUAUUAUUGUUCUUCCGUAAACGAAAACAAGUUGCCAUUAAAUCAACAUCCUACGAAAUCUAUAAGGAACAAUCUUCAAACCAAAUUAGAAAAUAA